AUGAGGGGUCCUUUGGGUGCAGUAAUAGGGAGGUUUCCAUCAAGUGAUGGAGUUACACAAAUGGGUGGAAUUAUAAGACACAACAGGAAAUGCAGGGACAUCACUGUUCUUGUGAUCUUCAUAGCGUUUUGGGUAGCAAUGGUUGUCAACUCCAGCUUUGCUUUCAACCAAGGAAACCCAUUAAGGCUUACUUAUGGACUGGACUACAAAGGGAAUGUGUGUGGGGACAAGAAUGCACACCCUGGCCUUAGUGAAUUGGAGCUCAGAUAUUGGCAAAAUCCUAAUCAGGUUUAUGAGAGUGGAUUGAAGGAUAGCCAAGUCAAACUGGUCGAUGCCCGCAGUAUAUGCUUGUCCGACUGCCCUGUACCUUCUGAAGAUUCCCUUAAUUGGGUCUGUGAUUAUCCCGAAGGAGAUAUUCGUCUUUCCAUGAAAGAUUGGACUAGUAGGAACUAUGAUUAUUUCGAGUUCCUUACACCAGAAAUGAGAAAUUCCUCUCUUCAACUUCAGGGUCCAUGUUAUCCUGUCAUAUUUCCCAGUGUAAAUGGUGAGCAAACUGCUCUAUUUUGA